AGGAUGAGGAAGUGGCUGGAGCAGAGGAGUGCGCUUGGAGAUGUAGCUACCUACACCAAUGCUCCAGCAGCUGUCAGGCGAUAGGCAGCUAGAUCAUAGGAACAUUUGACAAUGCGAUGGGUAACUGCUGGGCCUACUGUGUGGGGCUCUUCAGGAGAGAAGCCAACAGGAUCCAGCGAGGAGGCGGGUCAAAAUACUUCCGCAGCAGCACCACAGGGGAGCAUUAUACAAUCGAGUUUGAAAAUCUGGUAGAAAGUGAUGAGGCUGAGAGCCCACAGCCCUGCCCGAGGCCCAUCAGUGAAGAUGAGAUCAAGCACCUCAGAGAUCACCGCUAUGCUGCAAUCUCAGACGAACAGCUCCUGAUAGACCAAAAGCUGCAGGCUGAGUUAGAGGCACAAGAGGAGAAGUUGAGGCUAGAAGAGGAGGCUAGAAAUGCUGCCCAGCGUGAGGCCGCCAGGCUGGCACGUGAACGAAAAUUGAAGGAGCUGUCUGCCCAGAGGACACGGGGGAAAGCAGAUGGCUCUGGCGGCGAAGGCCAGCAAAGAAAACAAACCUCUGGGGAGGAUUUUGACGUCUACCUCCAAAAUGUUAAAGCCCAGUCUGAAGCUUUCAGGAGCAACAGACUUCCGUCUGACACAAAUGUGGUGACUCCCAACACAGAGUGCAGCUGGGAUUUCACCACCAAGACCCGCUCCACUAAUGAUGAUGGUACGUCACUGGAUCUGGAGUGGGACGAUGAGGAAGGAAUCAAUCGUGCGCUUCCAGUGUGGGAGAGGUCUCGAACAGAGGAAGACAUCUUGCGUGCAGCCCUGAGGCCUGGCGGCAAGCAAAUGAACAGCGGGCCGACCUCAGCCUCCGAGGACUCCACCGCACUGGAGUGGGAGAAUGAUUUUGUGAGCACCCACCCAGAGGACAAUGCAGAAUUUGAAGGGUUUGUCAAUCCCGUCCUAGACACUCCCUCUGAGGACUCCUCGGACUGUGGCCUCAGGUCAGACAACCAAGACAGAUAGUGUCCAGCACCAAAGGAGACAUUUGUGGCCCUCCUCCUCAUGUCAAGGCUCACCAGCUUUUUGCCUCAUGAAAUGGAAAUGUCCUCACGUGCUCUUCAUACUCUGUAACGAAACUGUGACGCUGCAGGAAUAUGUAUGUAUCUCUGCACUACAGCACAGUGUGGUGAAAUUUUUAUCAGAUACUCAUUUUUUCAGUGCCUUCAUUUGCUAAACUAGACAACCAUUGAAUGAAUUGUAACUGAUCAGUUGUAUCAUGACCAUUUUACACAUUGUUCAAAAAGUGCUUUUAUCCAAUGCACCCAAGUGAUCAUACACAAACCAAUGUAUUGCCAACAGUGUCAGGAGUGAAACUUUAUUGCAUUAGACUGAUGCUGCAGCAUACUAACUGAUGUAAUUGGAUACAUUUCAGUGCUUGUGAGUAAAGUAGUCAUACAGAAUCAUUUAUAAAGGUACUUUCAAAAUCCCAGUGGGGAAAUUUGUGCUAACUAUUCAGCAGUAGUGUACAACCACAGAGCAGUGCCUGGGGACCAAGUGCAGUACUGAGGCCAGCACCUCAUUCAGCACCUCGGGGUAUUCCUGCAUGUCUUUAUGCAUAUGGAGAAAACCACAGAAGCACAAAAGCAAAUCUAAAUUAUAUUUUAAAAGUCCACACUUACCCCUGCAUCUCAUCUUUACUUUGAUGCAUGAUCAUGAGCUGAAUUCCAGUGGAAAGUUGCUGAAGGAAAACUAAACCAUCUCUUGGUGAAUCACUAAAGUAGGCUGUAUGACGCAGCAUCUGUGAACACUGCAUGUCAGCCGUCAGCGCUCGCCAAAAAAAAAAAAAUAGAAUGCAUUUCACAAUAUGCGGUCAGUGCAUGCUCUCUGACGAGAAAGCUGAGCUCAUUGCAGUGACCCAAGGCUAACGUCAUAAGGCUCAUUUCUUGGAAUUGAAGGCCCCAGUUGAAACAGUGUAAUAUUGGCAGUCAAAUAAAAAAAUGUCCUCAAGCUGUAACUUUUAAUGAGCGUGGAUGAGAAAUUAUUUGAAGCCUGUUCAGGCUUUUACAAGUAUCGUGUGACUAUUCGCUUUGAACCUUCACCUAAACAGAAGUCUACUAAAGAAGACACUGCUGGAUUCUGGGUUUUGUUCAGGAGACGAAUCAGUUUGGUAAAUAUGCAUUGAAUCUCCUAUGAAAUCCAAACCUUUUAAUGAAAUAAGUGCAAAUCAUGAAAGCAAUAUUUUGAAAUUGAACUAAAAAGCUCAAACCUGCAGAUGUGACUCUGUGGUGAUCCAGUGCUGCUCUGACUAAGGAAUGGGCUGUGUACAUUUUUUUUUUUUUUUUUUUUAAUUCUUGUGUAUUACUUUUUUAUAUAUAUAUAUAUCUUAACCUGUCACACGCUGUUGAGCCUAAGUUGGAACACAGCUUUUCACAUGAAUCAGUUUAAUUUGUUUGAAUCAUUGUACUGGCUGCACCUCCAAUGUGUAGAUUUUUGUUGAGUCAGAUCUUAGGUGAUGUUUACUGAAAUGAACCCGAUCCACCGACUUGCACUACUGUCUAAGUGUGUAGAUGAGACACAGGCUAAUUUUUCCUUCCUAAUACUUGAGUGUGGACUUUAGAAAUGAUGUUUCUUUUUGUUUUUAAUCUCAUGUUCUGUUGUGAGUUUAGCAUCUCUGACUCGUCACUGUAAAUUUCUGUUUAAGAAGAACAAAACUUGAUUCCUUGUCACGCUGAGUAUAAAGGGAAAAAAUAAAAUCUAGGGGGAAAAAGCGCCAUGCUUCAGGUACGUUAACUGCAGACAAAUUGAGUGUGUAAACUGUCAUUUUUAAAGUGAUCUUGACACUGGCAGAAUAUUUUAAUGUUUGUGGUAAAACAUUCCUAAAGUACAAACCAAAGUAGUACUUGAGACGUUAGCUAGGUUAGAUUCAUUCUCAUACUUACAGGAACUUUGUAUGAUUUAACAAUUCAAAAAUAAUCCUUGUUCGUCUUUAUACUGGGCCUUAGUGCUCCCUCACACUUGAUCCUCUGUCUGAAACAAGCAGUUUUAGCUCCUCCCCCUUUCAGUCCAAUUUCUCAUUAAGCACACUUUCUUCUGAUUGGCUGACCCUCAUAAACAGAAGGUUUGAACAGCAGGUAGGUGGGGCUUCAAUGGUCACAGCCAGAGCUGUUUGCCUGAGAUGACCAUAUUAGGGAUGUCCACUCCCUGACUUCAUACAUAACCAGGAGUAAAGAGCAGCCUGGCGCCUCAGCUUGUGGCUCGCAGGGAUUACUUGUGCAUUAUGUUGGCCUCCCUAUUUGCAACUUUGGCCAUGUUUAAUAUUGCAUCCACCACUGUAACAGUACGUAAGGAAACACAUAAAGAUCCCUGUUAACUUAGACGUAUUUGGGGGCUGAAUAGAUGUAUUAUAAGACAGAGUGGGGCUACGUCUCUCUUUUACACUGCACUGUGUAGCCAGUACUAUCGGUGGCUUCAUUGAUACCUAAAUUCAACCAGCAAACCUCACUCACUGUACAGAAAAUCAUUUUAUAAAACCUGG